AUGCCCACCCUGGACACUUCCCAAGGUUGCACUUCCGUACCCCAUCCAUCAUCCAUUGCUUCGGAUUUCUCAGUUCUGAUUUUGGAGAAAGGUCCGGUGCAGAACCAUCGGGUCAGUACCGUGGAGGAUCCCGAGGUGGCGGUGAUCGGCGACCAUGAAGUCCAAGACGCCAUCCGCGGGUGA